AGCGCUGCCGCCGCCGCCGGAGCGGGCUGGGCCGCCGAGGCAAGAUGGUGGACUACAGCGUGUGGGACCACAUCGAGGUGUCUGACGAUGAGGACGAGACGCACCCCAACAUCGACACGGCCAGCCUCUUCCGCUGGCGGCACCAGGCCCGGGUGGAGCGCAUGGAGCAGUUCCAGAAGGAGAAGGAGGAGCUGGACCGGGGCUGCCGCGAGUGCAAGCGCAAGGUGGCCGAGUGCCAGCGGAAGCUGAAGGAGCUGGAGGUGGCGGAGGGCGCGGGCAGCGAGGCGGAGCUGGAGCGGCUGCAGGCCGAGGCGCAGCAGCUGCGCAGGGAGGAGCGCAGCUGGGAGCAGAAGCUGGAGGAGAUGCGCAAGAAGGAGAAGAGCAUGCCCUGGAACGUGGACACGCUCAGCAAGGACGGCUUCAGCAAGAGCAUGGUCAACAUUAAGCCGGAGCAGGCGGAGGAGGAGUCGGAGGAGGCGAGGGAGCAGAAGCACAAAACCUUCGUGGAGAAGUACGAGAAGCAGAUCAAACACUUCGGCAUGCUGCGCCGCUGGGACGACAGCCAGAAGUACCUGUCGGACAAUGUCCAUCUGGUGUGUGAGGAGACGGCCAACUACCUGGUCAUCUGGUGCAUUGACCUCGAGGUGGAGGAGAAAUGUGCCCUCAUGGAGCAGGUGGCCCACCAGACCAUCGUCAUGCAGUUCAUCCUGGAGCUGGCCAAGAGCCUGAAGGUGGACCCCCGCGCCUGCUUCCGGCAGUUCUUCACUAAGAUUAAGACGGCCGACCGCCAGUACAUGGAGGGCUUCAACGACGAGCUGGAGGCCUUCAAGGAGCGCGUGCGAGGCCGCGCCAAGCUGCGCAUCGAGAAGGCCAUGAAGGAGUAUGAGGAGGAGGAGCGCAAGAAGCGGCUCGGCCCUGGCGGCCUGGACCCCGUGGAGGUCUACGAGUCCCUCCCUGAGGAACUCCAGAAAUGCUUUGACGUGAAGGACGUGCAGAUGCUCCAAGAUGCCAUCAGCAAGAUGGACCCCACCGACGCGAAGUACCACAUGCAGCGCUGCAUCGCCUCCGGCCUCUGGGUCCCCCACUCCAAAUCCAGCGAGGCCAAGGAGGGGGAGGAGGCGGGCCCCGGGGACCCUUUGCUGGAAGCCGCCCCCAAGCCAGGCGACGGGAAGGAUGUCAGCGCGUGACCCGCCCCGGCCGCCUCCCGCCUGCCUGCAGGCCCCUGGGCGCCCCUUUCAGAGAACAAAACUAGAUGCCAUGUACCCAGCUCCUGGCUUUCUCCACUUCUGCUGCCCUCGCCCCCAGCCCCGGGGGCCUGCCCCCCAUGCCCCCGCCCCCCCAGCACUCAUCCAGUCUGCUUUGAGUCAAGGGGCUUCACUGCCUGCAGCCCCCCAUCGACAUUAUGCCAAAGGCCCCGGGGGCCAGGGAAGGGCAGAGGUCGCCAGGCUGGUCCGCGGGGUGGGAGGAGGGUCCCGGGCUGAGAGGCGCUCGCCGGUCACUGUGGGCUCUGUUUUCGCCGUCUGUCCGCUGUCUUCUAUAUGGUAAACAGCAGUGACCUUCCAAUAAAGGAUUUCAGAUGCUCCGUGGGGCGAUGCGGGGGCUGUUGGCGCAGCUCUUCUCAUGGGGGUGGGGGGGAACCUGGUGAGUGGUGGCGGCUGGGUCCAUGCAGCCCCGGGCUUUGCCCUCCUGCCCUCUGGGCGACUCCCUCUGUCCUCACUCCAGGCUCUUGCACAGGCUGUUCCACUGCCCAAACGGUCUUCCCCGAGAUGCCUCUACAUCCAGGUUCUCAGCUGGCGCCCCGCCCCUCAGUCUUGGGCUUAUCUUAUCCCGCAAGCCCCCUACCACGGUCCAUUCGGGAGCAUCCUCUCCAUCAUGUUUUACCUUCCACCCGGCCAGAGCCACCUCCAGAACAGACCUUGAGUCCCAGCACUGCCCUUCCUCCCAGCGGCCUCCACUCUGCUCCGGGUCCACCUAGCCUCUGGCCUGGACACCUGCCCUAGCCUCCUCCCCGAAUCCUCCUUCCACACUGGACCCCAACAGGCAGCGGCCGGAGGGCACCCACAAGUGCGCCAGUCGGGUCACCUCCCUCCCCCAGAGCAGAAGCCAAAGUCCUCCUUUCACCUCACCUGGCCCUGUGCCAUGUGCUGGUCACCUCCCUGCCCUUGUCUCCUGUCCUCCCCUUUUCUCUAUCAGAGUGACCUUGGGCAACUUAGCCGCAGUGUCCCUCUCUGUACCACGAGGGUAAUGUUGGUGCCCUCCUCCCGGGGUUGUGAAGACAAGUAGAUGAAAUAACGCCACAGGCAAGCAUGGUCUCUGGCACUUAAAUCCUCAAAAACAUGGGCCUUGGCGCACGCGUGUCCCUCUGCCUCAACACCCUUCCCCGAAGUCCUCAAGUAGGGCUCCUUUAAAAAGUAAUAAGACAUUUGGGCCACGUGAAGGCUUACGGAACAGUAUAAUAAACAAGGACCCAUCAGCUUAAGACGUGACAUACCAAGGAUCCAGUGAAGCCCUCUGCCCGCCCACCGCCUGGCAGCUCCCUGUCACUCAGACCAGAGCUCUGCCACCUCCCAGAGGCCCUCCUUGACCUGCCUUCUGGGUGGCCCCUCACGCCCAGCCACGCACCUUGCCUCACCUGCCGACCGGUGUGUUGCCGUCUGCCUUACGCUGUGAGCGCCACCAAGGCACAAACCGAGUCUUUCCGGGUCCUGAGAUACUCGGGCCCCGGGUUCGCAGAGCAGAGCCCUAGGAUGCUGCUGCGCCCACAUGGUCACCUGCAGGGGGCAAUAGCGAGCUGCAAAUCACAGUGGCGUCACCUAAUGCUCUUUAUGUGGCCGAGAAGGGCAGGUGGGGGAUCCGAGGACACGGGAGCGGGUGGGACGCAUCCUAUAGCCCUGGAUAAACCUCUCCCAUCCAGGGUCCACCCAGGACGGUCAACUUCCUAAUUCUUGACUGAAAACUUGCAAAGACAGAAUCCGUGUGGCUGAUCUUUCCUUUUGCCUCAGGCUCCAAAGUAACCCAACACUGUUACUGAUUCUUUACUUAAAAUUUUGAUAUUUUGUUCAUUACGGGUUUUUUUCAUGUUAAUUGUGCUAUUUGAAACAAUCGCAUUAAAGUGUUUGUCUUGGUCGCUGA